AUGGAAAUACUUCCAGAACAAAGAAUAAAAUUUCGUGAAAUAAUAAAAGAAUAUCCAUUAGAAAACAUUUUUAAUGCAGAUGAGACAGGGAUAUUUUUUUGGAUGGCACCACAUCAAACGCUCUCAUCGCAAUCACAAUUAGAAUGGAAAAAGGUCUUUAUUGUCCAUUAUAAUCUUAAUGAAUCUAAUAAAAAUAAUAAUGAAUAUAAUGAUUCUAAUGAAGAUGUGUCAGAAUCAGACGAAGAAUUAAAUAGUGAAGAAGAGGAAUUAGAAAAUAAAAAUUCAGAUAAUGAAGAUAGUUAUGCAAGCUCUUCUAGAAACUCUACUCGACGUGGCUGUGGUCGCCCAAGGUUAAGUGCUAGUAACAUAAAUAAACAAA